AUGGCUACAGACGGCGCCGACCAGACAGAGCGCCUGCCCAUGCCGUCGCGGAAUCCCCUGCCGUUGUCGGCGUCGCAGGAGGCCCAAGUCAGAGAAGUGUUUCAUGCGAGAGUAAGGAAAAAGUGCGCCGACGAGAUCAAGGCCUUCGCCGACUGCGCCGCCGGCCGGACCUUUUCGGCACCUUUCGCCUGCCGCGCGCUGCACCGGGUCAUGAACGGGUGCAUGAAGGAGCACGCGACGCAGGCCGAGCACGACGCGGCCCGCGAGGAGUGGUUCGCGCAGCGCCUGCAGCGGCAGCGCGAGCGGGAACGGAAAGCACGCCGUAAGCUGGAGCAGGAGGCUUUUUUGAGGGAGUGGUGGGGCUUGCCGGAGAAGGAUCGUGAGGCGGCGAGGAAAGAAUGGGAGAAGCUCCAGGCUGCGGAGAGGGUUGGUGGGUUUGCGAGUAGGAAUAGGGUUAGGUUGGGGGAUAGUACGGGUGCGGAAGGGGGUUCUGGGCAGCAAGGUGAGAAGGGGAGGUGA